GUUUUAGUAGCCGCGCCUCCUGAAAAUAAAUAGCUUGACAAUAUGGCGGAUGCAGAGGAGGAAACCGAAGCAAAUCCGCCACGACUAGCUGCGAGUGAUUUCGAUAUAUUCGCAGAAAAACUCCUGACACACCAGCUUUUGUUAACUGCGCUUGAGUUGCACACGGAAUUAGUUGAAGCAGGGCUGGAGCUUCCUCGUUUACGUGACUUUUUCUCCAAUCCAGGAAACUUCGAACGCCAAUACCAGACAAAUUCAAGAGAUGCGCCCUCUCCUGUCAUGCCUCGUACAUCAAGUAUUGCCACCAUUGAUUCACUUGAUGAUUAUACUCGUUAUUCUGAUGAUGGUGUCAGAGAAACCGAUGAAAAAGUUGCAGUUUUGGAAUUUGAAUUGAGGAAGGCCCAUGAGACAAUUAAAGCUUUGAGGGGAUCUCUGACAGAAGCAACUGAAACUGAGACUCCAGCCCUUGAGGGCAUCCAGGGUGAUCAGGCAGAGAGUGAACAUCUAUCUGGUGGGGAGUCCCUGAGGCCACAUGAAAAGCGAGCAUUGAAUUUCCUGGUUAAUGAGUACUUAUUGAAGAAUGGCUACCGGAUGACAUCUGUAACUUUCUCUGAUGAAAAUGCUGAUCAGGACUUUGAAGACUGGGAUGAUGUUGGUCUGAACACUGCAAAGCCUCCAGAUUUACUGCAUCUCUACAGAGACUAUGGACACCAUACUGUGCCUGAGGUCAUGCUGGUGUUAAAAUCGGUGAAGGAAGAAAAAGCAAACCUGGAGGAAGAAUAUGCCAAUUUACAAGAGGAGUGUAAACGACUUCAAGAAGAAAUAGGAGAAUUAAAAUAUGAGAACCAUACACUAAAUGAAACUGUGGAAAAACUAGAAAGUGAAGUGAAGGAAAUCGCUGACUCACCACGACCAUCUGAGAAUGCUUCUAGAAGCCUUGUACAAAACACUGGUUUAUUUGAGACAAGUACAGACGAUGUGGUAACACCCACGAGUGAAUCAUCAGCAGAGAUUGUAAACGCCAGUGACAACAGUAACGAGGCACCCAAUGUUAGUGAUGAGAUUGACGAACAUACUGAGAUUGAGUCAGACAGUAAAGAAGAAGUCGAUGGAAGUAAAGAGUGUGUUGAUGGGCAGAAUGAAACGACGAGAUUAGCUGACGCUGAAUUUGAUCAAGGAAAUCCUGCUGAUGACAGCAUAGAGUCUUCGGUGACACAAGAGAGGGUGAGCUCUUGCUUCCAUGUACUGUUGUCGUAUUCAAUAAUUUUAUCAUUAUUAUUUAAUUCAAAUUUCACAGCUCGUACAUCAAGUAUUGCCACCAUUGAUUCACUUGAUGAUUAUACUCGUUAUUCUGAUGAUGGUGUCAGAGAAACCGAUGAAAAAGUUGCAGUUUUGGAAUUUGAAUUGAGGAAGGCCCAUGAGACAAUUAAAGCUUUGAGGGGAUCUCUGACAGAAGCAACUGAAACUGAGACUCCAGCCCUUGAGGGCAUCCAGGGUGAUCAGGCAGAGAGUGAACAUCUAUCUGGUGGGGAGUCCCUGAGGCCACAUGAAAAGCGAGCAUUGAAUUUCCUGGUUAAUGAGUACUUAUUGAAGAAUGGCUACCGGAUGACAUCUGUAACUUUCUCUGAUGAAAAUGCUGAUCAGGACUUUGAAGACUGGGAUGAUGUUGGUCUGAACACUGCAAAGCCUCCAGAUUUACUGCAUCUCUACAGAGACUAUGGACACCAUACUGUGCCUGAGGUCAUGCUGGUGUUAAAAUCGGUGAAGGAAGAAAAAGCAAACCUGGAGGAAGAAUAUGCCAAUUUACAAGAGGAGUGUAAACGACUUCAAGAAGAAAUAGGAGAAUUAAAAUAUGAGAACCAUACACUAAAUGAAACUGUGGAAAAACUAGAAAGUGAAGUGAAGGAAAUCGCUGACUCACCACGACCAUCUGAGAAUGCUUCUAGAAGCCUUGUACAAUACACUGGUUUAUUUGAGACAAGUACAGACGAUGUGGUAACACCCACGAGUGAAUCAUCUUCAGAGAUUGUAAUCGCCAGUGACAACAGUAACGAGGCACCCAAUGUUAGUGAUGUGAUUGACGAACAUACUGAGAUUGAGUCAGACAGUAAAGAAGAAGUCUAUGGAAGUAAAGAGUGUGUUGAUGGUCAGAAUGAAACGACGAGAUUAGCUGACGCUGAAUUUGAUCAAGGAAAUCCUGCUGAUGACAGCAUAGAGUCUUCGGUGACACAAGAGAGGCGCGACAGCCCUCAAGUUAGCCCUAUACCGCCAUCAUCACCGGCGAACGAGAAUGCAGAGAAGGAGAAGAUGUCAUCUAGGUACAGUUACGACUAUGUAGUAGAUCCUCUAUGUUACCUAUUUGUUCUGUUCACUAUAGUGUUUGUUCUGUUGAAGGUUUGCAAGCUUUCCAAUGCCGACGAGAACGUUGUGUUGAUUCUUGCGAGAUGUUUGCCUCACAUUGUACCUAAUGUGCUGUUGAAUAAAAGAGAGGAAUUAAUUCCAGUCAUUCUGUGUUCAGCUAUUCACCACCCGGAAGCUAAAGAAAGAGACAAUCUUCUUCACAUGUUGUUUAAUCUCAUUAAGCGACCAGAUGAAGAUCAGAGGCAGAUGAUCAUGAGUGGUUGCGCCGCUUUUGCGCAGGUCGUGGGAUCAACACGGAUCGAGGCCGAGCUUUUACCACAAUGGUGGGAACAGAUCGGCCACAAAUACGUGGAAAGAAGACUCCUUGUUGCGGAGGCUUGUGGCGGAUUAGCGCCUUACUUACCGGAUUAUAUUCGUAGUUCUUUAGUAUGGUCCAUGUUGAAACAAAUGCUUAGCGACGAUCGAAACGAGGCUGUCCGAGAAGCGGUCACUAAGAGUCUGGCACUAGUGGUGGCCUUUAUAGAAAACGUGGAUAAAUAUGAGCAGGCGUAUGAACUUCUGGUAGAAACCUUAUUUGACGUGUCGGAAAAAGUGUCCAAAACCUCCAUGGAAGUGUUCUUAUCGUCCUUUGCCACAUGGGCUCAGGAUCUUGGUAGAAUAGAGUCUCAUCUUUUUACGUCGCUUAUCUCUAACUUGGAAAAUUCUAUCAAGGAUCUUGAACAAGUUCAAGAACUAGCCAAUGAAUCGGACGGUAUCGAGAAAGUACACAAGACAUUAGAAACCAUUCAGACCAGACUUCCUCGCUGUAUUCAGGUCAUCAAGUCGCUUAUUCCAGCGCUGUUUGCAUCAGUUCUACGGACAGCGCCAUUUGCCAAAAAACCUGAAGAUGUUGAACGCUAUAACGUGCCAGUUGCUCCAGAUAGAUUUUUACCACCAUCAUCGCCGCUGACCGAUAUCGAGACGAUUUUUGGCGGGAACCAGACAGUCGCCUUCCAUGUUCGCCGAUUUGAUAAACACGUGUCUGAGGAUCACUUUGAUUCAUGGGAAAGUCUGUCUUGGGUCCAUUAUGAAUGUUUACCAAAUCUCUGUGAAAUUGUAGGAAAAGUCGAUGUGUCCUUGACAGAUAGUGUACAGCAGCUGAUUUCACUUUUUCGUUCAUUGUGCAUCACUUUUGGGAAACCAUACUCAGAUAAAAAGAUAAAACCAUUUUGUAUGGAAAGACUAAAUGUUCUUGCUUUGAAAGACGAAAGACGAGAACGUCUCCUAUCCAGUGCUUCUCUUCCUGUUCUGGCCGCUGGAGUCCUGGGCUGCUUCGAUGCGGAGGAAGAUAUGUCUGAAUUGACGUCACUGCUACGUCAUUCGGUAAUUGCACUGGCGGAAGCCUCGGCUCCACUCGAUGGUCCACUAAUAAUGUACCAGGAAUUAAGUACUUCGUCCCGGUGUCAUCAAAUUCUUAUUGGUGUUCUGUGGGAGAUUGUUGUGCACUCCAAUGCGUCUGUUCGCUGCUGUGCAGCUCCAUUAUUCACGGUUUUAUUGAAAGGUGUUGAUCUGGAUUUAAUUAGCAGAAAGGUUCUGCCAGCCCUAGUAACAUUAGCUUCAGAUUCGCAAAUGUCAGUAAGGACGGCAGCUAUUCCUGCAUUUGGUGCAAUAGUAGAAAAUGUUACAGAUAAAACGAUAUUAGAGAAAGUUUACGUGCAGUUCCAGUCAUUUCUUGAAGACCCGCAAUACAAAGAUCAACAUGAACUUCAGGCUACAAUGAUCAGAACAUUUGGCAAAGUGGCACCUCAUGCGGAACCGCAUUUUAGGGAUGAAGUUCUCUUACCGAGGCUGGUCGUAAUGGCAACGAUAAACAACCAAUCACCAGACGAAGACAGGCGGAGGGAGAUUGCUCUGGAGUUAAUGGAAGCUUACGUGUCUUUGACGUGCUGUUUCAUUUCUAUUGAUGUAUUAAAUGAUUACAUCAUCCCAGGACUCCGCGCGGUCAAACAAGACAUCGAGGCCCUGGCACCGGACUGUGAGGAGACCGUUCAUCUGCUUCUUAAAGAAUGUGAAGUGAAAGCGGACCAGAAGUCUUUUCCACACCUUGCAGCGGGUAGCAAGAUAGGACAGGAAAUCAAAAGCACUUUUAUUAGUGGAUUCCAUAGAUUAAAAGAUGCCCCGAGACCUAAGAUGGCGGACAUUUUUAAAAAGAAAGAUCGGUUUGAUUCUUGACAUGCACCGUAACUGUGGUCAGAACUGCAUCGAGGCUGGUCAGCAGGCCCUUGUUGCCAUACGGACUUGGUGCAGCUUAUGGAGAAAUUUUUUCCAAUGAAGCUGGGAAUGGUACAUUCACGCUGUCGUAAAAGGUUGACAACAGUUUAGAAAAGAUGUGCGAUCUGAGUAAAACGCUGCAAAGGAAUAGUACUCUCGUAACCAAUGUUCAAAGUAAUUUAAGGCGAAUAUCUUCAAAGAGAUCAGCGGUGCCGUAGGGACGUCUUAAGAGAAAAUGGCCACCGUUGUUGCCUGUGUGUUUUUUCCCUAGAAUUAGUAAUAUCAAGCCCUAAAACUAACUGAAGGUAACUCGGUGCUAGUAGUUCUGUAAAUUUCUUAUUUCUGGUACAGACCGUCAGCUGUAAACUAGUUUUUAAUACGCCAACUCAUCUGAGUAAGUUUUUCCUUUUAUAAAUUGUGCUAUUUAGCAUACAUGUUUUCUUCUUCUUAUAUAUGGAAAAAUUGUUCAAUGUUUUCAAACUUGUACACCUUAAAGAUGCGUGGAGUAUUGAAGAAAAAAAAAGAUUGUGAAAGUGAACGGCGGACGCGAGCAAACACCAAGGCGCACUAUAAGGGUCAUUCAUUGCUUUUAAACCUAAAUAAUUUCGUAUCAUUAAUGUUUAAAUUAAAUAAUGAAUUAUAAUGUUAGCUUUACGCAUUUGACAUACGCAUGUACAGCGUUUGAGAUAAUAUUUAUGUUUAGGUAACUUUGUGUUUGGUUGCGUUCCCCGUUUCCCAAAGUGAAGUGUUCUAAUGAACAACAACAAAAAAAUGCAUACAAACAAUCUUUUCAAUGUGAAAUACCGACGAAAGGAAAACUAUCCCAUGUUAUCCUCUAAUUUUUGCUAAUGUCUUACUGGCUCUUAAUUGAAAAAGUUAAACCUGAUCUUCCCAGAGAUCCCCUCUUUUACAGUGCGCCUUCGUGUUGACGGAUUUGUGUCAAUGUAUCUUGUUGGGGUUUUGAUCUAGUUUAAAAAUUUUCAAACCCCUUUUUAUAUUUGAUUUCCUUUGCCUGUUGUUUAUUAUACCACAAUCCAAAAGCAAGCGCAAGAAUAAAAAAAUGUUUGAAAAUAAAUCAAACCAAACACUAAUUUAAACCACAUCAUAAUUAGAAACAUUGGUGUAGAUUGCUUUUAACAUUUAGCUGUAGUAUUUAUCUACAUGGAAUUUAGGUUCUCGUUGCAAAAACAAGUGAUCAGUGAGUGCAAAAUAGUAUCUUAAUGUGCAAACAAGUUCUUACAAUUUAACAUACUCAAAAAGAAUAGGCCAGGCAAUGAUAUUUGUUAGUAACAAAAAUCGUAGUGUUUUCUUGAUAACUGUUCAUAGCUUUCUAAAAGCUUAGGAUUAUAAAUUGUACAAAAUUAAGAGUCGUCGGUAAUCCUAAUUCAUGCCUUGCUAAAUUUUGAAUUAAAAUAACAUACAAUAAAAGUUAAAACUAGGGUUUGUGCAAGUCGUUAAGUUGGAAAACAUGCACAGCAACUAUUUUAGGCCGUUAUGAAAUGUAAUUUCUUUUUCAGUCAGUACGUUCUUGGAAAUAGUUGUAAAUUAAAACUGACGUAAAGCAGAUAUUUUGUCGACGUACGAAGAGAAAGCAUUAUUCUUAAAUAUUGUGUAAAUAUAACACACCCUACGUGACGACAGUGAAUAAAAUCGACCUUGUUUAAGAAAGAA